CAACAACCCAAUGGUGCGAGUGGUCGCGUCCGGCGAAUCCCAUGCACCACAUGUGAUAUGCAUUAAUUCAACGAAUCCAACUACUGCGAGCGUCACGCUGCUCCACUGACGGGACAUAUAUUCAACCAGUGGUGAUGAGCGGACCGGUGUUCCUUGUUGUUGCACGUGUACAAAGCGGUUUACCGGCGGUGUCAUGCCUGAACGCAAAGCGCUCAUUAAAAGCGCCGAUAUGUCGGAAGAAAUGCAGCAAGAAGCAGCAGAUUGCUGUGGCGAGGCAUUGGAUAGGUUUACCAUGGAAAAGGAUAUCGCAGCUUUUAUCAAGAAGGAAUUCGAUCGAAUUCACGGAGCUACGUGGCACUGUGUGGUUGGAAAACAGUUUGGAAGUUACGUAACGCACGAGAAGAAACAUUUCAUCUACUUCCAUAUUGAUGACUUUGCCGUUUUGCUGUACAAAUCUGGCUGAACAAAGACCGUAAAUUUUUGUGAACUA